AUGGCUACACCCUCUUCUUUUUUAACUGAGGAAUUUUUCAGUUCUAAUGAGGAUCUGUUUGGUACUAUAGUUGAAUCUUGCUUUAAAACUAUAGAUACAUCACAAAAGAAAUAUCAUUCACAAGGACAAGGUUUUACAACCUUUUCAUUCAAUGAUUUUGUUGAGGAAAAGCCUCUUGGCUAUUUCAAUCACGAUUCAGUUUUGGAUCGUGAUCGUCAACCAAGAUCGUACGAAGUCCGAGAAAUUGAUACAUGGGAGAAUAAUAAUAAAAUUAGAAGACCCUAUACAUUUGCUAAAAAGAAAGAGACCCCCAAGGAAUUAUUUGAUAGAAAUAAUAAUUUGGUUCUCGAAUUUGAGUUGGAAGAAUUUACUUCCUCGAGUGGUGUAUUUGAGCCCAUCACUAAGGAAAGAGAUGAAUAUUUUGGUGGGACUCGCCAAAACAUUGGUUCUUUUAUUAAACAAGAAGCUAAUAGCUGUUUUAUUGAUGGUAGGCUAUUUGGGUCCGAAUUAACUGAUAGGAAUGAAGAAGAUAUCUUUACUUCAUCAGCAAAUCCUAUUGAUUUACCAAGUUUCUCACAACCAUGCAACAAAUUAGAAGACAUUAACAGUAUGCCUAAUUAUACAUAUUCUAAUCGAAACCAAGAUAUAGAAAUGGCGUCUCCUAAUAUCAUUAAUCCCUCUUUUAUUAUAAAUUCUUGCUCUGCAUCGGUAAAUUGUCAAUCUAAUGUAGGCCCGUUCUCGCCUGAAAAGGAAAGUAUGUAUACGUUGAAGAACAAGAGAUCAAGAUUUAUUAAAGGAAGUAAGAAUAGACCCCGUAUCCAAAGGGAAUUCAGCUAUGAUGAUGUUGAUAUAGAGAGUUAUCUUGAAACUAGUGAUAAAUUAAUUAAUGUUGCGAAAAACGAAGAACCAUACAACUUCCAAGACUUAUUGAGAAAUAAACUAUUAGAAUUGAAAGUUAAUAGAGAACAUAGUAUUUGUUGCAUCAAGAGGAAUCGAUAUGUCAGGAAGAAUCUUGAUUCCAUUUUAAAUUUAUAUAAAAAUGUCGGUUAUGAAUUAAAUCCUAACUUUCAUAUUUCUAAGCCAUACGAACCACAGUAUGUAAGGUUUGAGAUAGACGAAACAAACGACCUUCCAUUUAAUGAGACAAGAUGUGGAUUAUGCCCCUAUUGUCCAGACAUAAACUUUAAAAAUUUAAAAACUUCAACGUAUUCACAACAUCUUGCCUUAACACAUGGCGUAUAUACCGAUAAUUACUUAACUCCAAACCCAUUAUAUUAUGGGAUUUAUAUUAUUAAAAAGACAAAUACCCGAAGAAGAACAAAAGCCCAUGAACAUGAAAGGUGUGGUGUUGUAUGUCCAUGCUGUUAUGCAAUUGUGGGGACGGAAUGCUCGAAAACAACGGCAUCAUCCAAACCCUUGAAUAAUUACAUGAGACAUUUCAAAGAAUACCACAGACAAUCGAAAGAUAAGUUAGACCCUAUAAAAUUUUUCAAUAAAACAGUUCCAUUAAAUUAA